AUGCCGCCACCGCUGUUCCUUCACAAGCCCGGGCUUGAUGAACCAGUGCGCCCGACGUCGUUGCCACCACCACCGCGAUCACCCAGCUACCGCUUCUUCCCAGCUGCAGGAGCACCGCCCGUCCCCGCCAUCCCCGCUGCCCAUGGACUGCCCACACCGGACGCGACGCCCGCGUCCUCCGUCGCUUCGUCGAGCUCCAUGUCCCUCGCGCGCGGAGAACGCAAGCAACCGUCAUCCUCUUGGCUGGACCAGAAGCCGACGAGCAGCAAGCCCAAACCGUCGCCAGUCCUCACACCCCCAUCCAUCUCGGAACGCAAGUUCACGCCCUUCUCACCACCACCACCCUCGGCUUCAGCGUCUUCCACGUCCUCGUCGUCGGACCGCAAGUCCACACGCCCCGUCCAUGACGAGCUCAACGAAAUUGCGUACCACGCGGAGCUUGACCCACCCGAACUUCGGGCCUCGCGUGCUGCAUCGGGCGAUCCAGAUGGUCUUUGCGGCGAGCGCGGCGACUUGGAUAUCCACUGUCGGGCUUUGGGGGCUUGGCUGUGCCGUACUGCCGCCCCUUCCGACGAUCGACCUCUCGGCAUGGCUGACUUAGCGCAGGAUCCUCAACCAUCGCAUCAAAGCGCGGAGUGUGCGGAACGCGACCCUUCCACCGAUGCCGAACCCAAUCUCGCCCCUAUCAGGACUAAAGCACUCGCACUCUACAUCGAAUCUCAGCACGCCAGCGAAAAUCCCGCUAAGCCUGCGGCACAGAUACUCGUCGUCCACCUUCCUUCCUUUGUUGGCGGACGAGACCGCGACAAGUCCGGUCCUCGUCCAGCGCGAGAGCAAGGAGCGCGGUGUACCGCUGAUCGGCCCCGUGCCGAGCCCGACAACACUGAAGAAGCGCCGGUCAAGAGGCCUCAGCCUGCGGAUAUUACAUCAUCACUCAGAGAACAGGGUGCCGAAAUACGCCCGUUCAUCGCCUCAUCGCCCAUUCACAAGCGACAGCAACACUCCGUCCGACUCCUCACCACCCUCUACACCUUCCUCCCCGAGUCACAACAUUUCACUCAGGCCACCGCCGAGAAGGACCGCGACCUCCUCUUCCGCAUCCGCGCCGACAUUCAGCGUCUCCUCGAGCAGAGCGAGGACGACGUCACGCCGAAGCACAGCCCUCAACCUUCCCUCUCCCUCCGCCCUCGGCGUUCUGGAGGUCUCACUGCCGGCCUUCCCCGGAGCCCUACCUGCUCCAGUCUUCCUGCGAGUCCGACGACACAAACCCGCUUCCCUCGCAGCACAUCGUUCGUUUCAACCAGCACCGCUUCCGCCCCCUCGCCUUCCUUCCCCAUCACCCCUCGCACACCGCACCACACCCGCUCGGCUCAGAACCUUAACAGUCCUUCGUCGAUCGUUAUCUACCCGACUCGCAAGCCACCGCCGCCGCUCGUGGAUGACGACCUCAUUCGCCUAAUCGGCCAGCUAUGGGAUAUCCCUGCGGCACAGCAUCAGCAGAACACCCGUGACAUUGACUCCCGUCCGCUUGAGAAGCUUUACCUCGACCACUUGAAGCUUGAGCUGUCGCUGAACGUUAGCAGCAUGUCACUCGCCGCCGACAAGAAGAAGCGGCAUCACCGCCUCUCCAAACGUGUGACCGACCUCGUGUCCAACUUUCCCGAGAUCAUCGGUCCGGGAUCAUCAUCGCCGAACCACUCUCUCAAGGGCGACUAUUUCACGCCAAAGAAGAAGAAUGGCGCCUUCUCCCGUCUCCUGAAGCGCGCGUCAACGCACUCGACGAACAGCUCUUUGCACGGGCCGAUUACUUUGGACUCGCCUGGUGUUCCGUCCAGUGUCGCUACGCCCAUUGCCGAAGAGCCGGGCAGCGCACGUUCGAGCGUAGCAGGCUUGCCGCCGGCGCCGACCGUGAACGCGCUCGUCACGCAGUGUGAGGAGAUGUGGGAGCCCGAGACGGUCGAGGACAAGGAAGCCCAGGUGAACGAGGCGUUCAAGACAUGGACGGAGUCCAUCGGGUCGCGCGGCGAGGUUGCGGCGGGUGAGGCGCUGGCCAACAGCGUUGCCGACCUGUGCGAUAUGCUCGAGGACGAAGACCAGCCACCAAUCCUGGAGGUGCUCUUCUCCCGCCUCUUUGAUCUGACUGCGAAAGCCAUGGCGUCCAUCUUCCCCUCGACUGGCGUUCCGCCGCCAUCGCCUCCACCAUCGAUCCUGCCUCUCUUGCAUGUGCAGGCCGACCUGUUCAUCGAUUCGCCGGAAGCCAAGGAGGCGUUCAAGCGCAUCUCGGCAGACGUGUACGCCGCCGCCGUCAACGAGUUCAAUGCCGUCAGCACCGAACUCAUCGCACACAACUACCUCCUCGGAACCGGGGGCGAGACGGCCGACCCCGUUAUUGAAGGAUUUGAGCGCCUCGCCGAAUGGUUUGAGCAGGAGAUCAGCAACGUCACCCACUCGUGGCGCCCUUCGCGCUGCCUGCCCGAAUGCAGCCCCGCCCCAAUCAUCAUCAGCGCGCAACUGCCCCUUUACCUCGGCGAGCUGAAGAGGCUUGAGCUCCCGCCCGGCGUCGAGGGUAGCAGUGAUGUUUUCAUCUCGCUGUACGAGGUGACCUACCGUCUGCUGAAGACGUACGAGGAGCUCACUGGAGCGGAGACCGCCUUCGACCUCGAACUGUUCUUCGAGCCGCACAUUCAGAAGUGGCUGCGUGAAACGGAGAAGUCUCAGAACAAGGACUGGAUCUUCCGCCUCGUGCAGGGCGAGACGUGGACGCUAGUUAACGGCCAGUACACGCAGGGAUACCUCGACUUCAUGGGACUCGUCAGCAACAGCCUCAAGGUCAUCACGGCCUCGAGCUUGUCGCCAUCCAAGCGCGCGCUCUUCCUCAUGGACCUCAGCAAGACGCUGGCGGCCUCCCUGGUGCUGUACGCGCAGGUCUUGGCGGAGAAGUUUGAGUGGCAAGUCGCCCCGCCCAUCUCGGAGGACGGCGCUAGCAUUAGAAGUAGCGCUCAACUUGGCGGAAAGGACAAGUGGUUGCAGAAGGGCAAGCUUGCGCGUGACAAGCUGCUGGACCAGAAGCGCCGCAUCGUCACCCCUUACGUUGUCGAGGAGACGGUGUGCGCGAAGCUGCUGAACGUCAUCGCCGUUCAGAACGAGGUCCCCCGCCUCUCUGCGCAGAUGGACGCGGACGCGUGCGCUGCAGCCCUGACGAACCUGCAAAUCGAGGACGGCGAUGACGACCGCGGCCGCACCUACACGAUCACGAUCCAGGCGGCCUCGGGGCUCUUCAAGCGCAACGGCAAGCCCGCCGACGCCUUCAUCAGCAUCUACGAUCGGAGCACAGGCGAGCGGGUGCUCAAGACAGAGACGAUGUUCGGCGACGCAAACCCGCGCUUCAACGAGAGCAUUCGCGUCACUCUGCGGCCUGGCGAGAACAGGUUGCUCGAGGUGCAAGCCCAUGACCGCGCGCUUGUGGGGCAGCACAACAUCCUCGGAUCCAAGACGCUCGUCAUCAAUGAGCACGCCGAGGAUACCGUGCUCAGCCUCGCACCGAGUGGCAAUGUGAAGGUGAGGGUGCAGAAGCCGUUCACCGAGGUGAACGACAUCGCCUCGAACCUGUCGCACGCCGAGCGAGUUCUCGGACGGAUCGAAAACGACAUGCGGACUGCCCUCGCGGACCGGAUACUGGAGUACCCUCGCUGGCUUCUGACCCCGGAGUACCUUGCCAAUGUCGUCAAGGCAUCGCACCUGAAGCGCGAGCUUUCUUUGGACCCCGUGUUCAAGCAGCUCGACGCCAACCUCGGCCUACUGAUGGAGGUCAAACUCACCCCCGUCAUCAUUGCGGUGUGGGAUGGCCUCCUCUCUGUCUUCGCCGAGCUGCUCCUCCCGCCCCUCGGCGAGCCGAUGCAGGGCGGUAUCGGUCUCCACGGUCUGGUGGGCAGCAGGGAUGCAGGUCCCGGUGUGCUCUCCGAGAGCAAGACGAAGCAAGUCUUCAAGUGGGUCGCCGACACUAAGGCUUUUUUCAACCCCGAGGGCCAAGGCAUUCCCCUCGACGCUCUCGAGAGCCCACGAUACCAGACGCUCAUGAACAUCCCCCGUUGGAACAAGGUCGCGACACGAGAACUCAUGGACGCUGUCUCAGCGGACGUGAGGACAUUCUGGCAAGCUCCUUCCCAGCCCGCCGUCUCCGCUCCGUCCACUCCAGCGACCCCCACCUCGGCUACCAACACCCCGCCACCUCUCCCCUCUCGCCCGGGCAGCCGCCCGACCCUCCCGCCUCGUCCCGGCAGCACCACCUCCACGCCUCCCCUCCCCGCCCCCCUCCACCCACCUCCGCACCCCGCGCCGUCGCGAACGGUACGUCGACUCCCCACUCCCCCUGGUCGAAGGAUGCGCAACCAGCCCCUAUCUCGCCCGAAGCCGCAGCCGGCCUCAAAGCUCGUAUCGAGGUGA